AUGACAAUGCUAACACCCAACAAUAUCGGUCAAAAGCACAGAUUAAUAAGUAUAAGAGAGAAAUCUGUAGUAUGGAAAAAGAAUCAAGGUGAGAAACAGAAUGAAAGCAGGCAAUCUCACCUUUGGGGUCGGGAAAAAGUGGAAGACAACAUGGACAACAAGCUCGAUAAUGACAAUAAGGGUGGGCAUGGACCAGGCUAUUACGAUAUUGCUGAAAAGGAUGUCCAUAAACUAGACCCGUACGAAAUUGCCGACAAAGAUGCAUACAACGAACUUGGAGAAAUAGAUGAGUCUUAUGACAUGGAUAAAGGAUUCGAUUCAGAAUUUGAGAAUGGUCUAACCGAGAAAAGCACCCAGGCCUUGUGGGGCCGUCGCCGCCGCCGCCGUCGUCGUGCUCCAGCCCCUGCUCCGAAACCUCGACGUCCCAUCAUCUUCCAUUUUUAUCGUCGUCGACAGAUUUUUGUCUAUGGCAAAAAACGAUAA